AUGCCACAGCCCCUUUCCCGUCUUUUCCCGAAGAUUAAUCUAAAAUCUGAAGAAAUUCACCUCGCGCUUUCUGCAAAUGUGAUCGCUAUUUAUCACGAAAGCGCCAAUGCUCAGCCUUCCUCUCCGCCACAGCCCAAAAGAAGAAUACCAAAGGAAAUGGACAUCAUUGUGGAACGUGAAUUCAAGUUCAUACUACGCACAAGAGGGCGUGAUUCUCUACUUCCACUACUAAUAGGCCAUCUUAAAGCCUUUUUGUCACAGAACAUGGAACAGCUUGGCAUAUCCUCUAUAGCUCCACUCGACACUCAAGCAAUGUCCGGUCAGUGA